CCCGCGCUUUGACUUGAAAUUUGUCAGGCAACGGUUAAGACUUUCAUUCUGUCUGAUCUUAUAGUGGCUGCCGGACGUGUCGAGAAUCGUAAGAAACAAGUGUUGAAAAUAAUCCAGGGAAAAUGAUCGGGAUACUGCUUAAUGUGUUAGAGUGGAUAGGACUCAGCCCUCUCUCCUAUAUUGCUGGACUUAUUGGCAGCACUGAACCUGCACUGAAGCUUUUGUUAUCAAUAUUACUAGCUUAUCCCUACGCAUGGAUGUAUCACAAGUAUUACUGGCACUCAGACAGGAAGUCUGUCAGAAAUAACCUGUACUUUAUCGUCGUGGGCCUUGAUUUGGCAUUCUACAAUUUUGGAAUAUCCCUAUAUCAUAAUAUUAUACCUGUUGUUGUGUUGUACCUAACGACACAGAUAUCCGAGGAUGGCAAGAUUAAUGCGAUAAUAACAUUUGUAUUCAACUUAACCUAUCUAAUAGUGGGUUACAUAGUAACAGAAUCUGAAGAUUACGAUAUCACUUGGACCAUGCCUCAUUGUGUACUAACGUUGAAACUAAUCGCAUUAUCAUUUGAUUUGUGGGAUGGUCAAUUGCUUCUUAAAAGAGAGAAGUUGUCUGCAAAUGCUCAAGAGACGGCUUUAGUGACACCCCCUACUUUCAUGGAGCUCCUCGGUUUCGUUUACUUCCCGGCUUGUUUCUUGGUUGGCCCAAUCUUCUCAUUUCAACGUUAUAAAAAAUACAUUGAAGGGAAGUUCCCCUUGGAAUCUGAAGCCGACGAAUGCCAAAAGCAAGGAAUGAUUAAAUUGAUUCAAGGAGCUCUGUAUUUGGUGGCGUUCCAAAUUGGAGGAAGCGUGUUCAGUAUGAAGUAUAUGCUGUCAGACGAGUUUUCGGAAAAUUCCUUCUUCUACAAACAUAUGUACUGCGGACUUUGGGCCCAUUUUGCACUGUACAAAUAUAUUGCAUGCUGGUUACUGACAGAAGCCGCCUGCAUCAGGUUCGGGCUAUCGUAUAAUGGAAUGGAGAUACCUGCCGGCGGCCUGUUGCCUAUAUCCAAAUGGGACGGAUGCAACAACAUCAAACUUCUACGAUUCGAAGGUGUCACCAAAUUUCAGCACUAUAUUGACACCUUCAAUUGCAAUACUAAUCAUUUCGCCGCAGAAUACAUUUACAAGAGACUUAAGUUCCUAGGCGACAGGAACCUAAGCCAACUUUUAACUCUUCUCUUCCUUGCAAUCUGGCAUGGCAUAAGGUCAGGUUAUUAUGUAACAUUUUUUAACGAAUUCAUAAUAAUUUACAUGGAAAAGGAAUUAGAAUCUAUACUUAAAAAAACGAUAAUAUAUGAAAAAAUGUGGUCAAAUGUAUUCAUUAAGUAUUUGAUGUACAUUUUUCUCAAAAUGUACACAAUUAUAUUCAUGGGCUGGAGUCUUGUACCUUUCGAUGUUAAGGUGUAUUCGAAGUGGUUGAAUGUGUAUUCUAGCCUAUAUUUUUCAGGAUUUUUGCUGUUUUUGCCUUGGGCUUUCGUUUAUAAACCUCUCCUGAUAAAAGCCAUUCACUAUUAUCGCAUUAAGCGAGAAGCAGCAGAAAAAAUAGAUUGAGGUUAACUAUGAGAA